GUGAUUUAUGUCUAUAACAAUAACUUCAAUAAAGUAAUUUUUGAAGACAUUGCUGUUGCUGUCAAGAAAAUGUAUUUUUCAGAAGAUCAAAUAAUCCAUCGAUUUAAUUCAAUUUCAAGAUACUCUUCUAACACUUUGACAUAUCUAGAGGAAAUGAAGUGGAAUUGCGCGCAGAAAACUCUAAGUUUAUGUUGCACGCUGCUAGGACAUUCCAUCUCCAAACAUCCCAUUCAUUUUAUAUUAAUACCUUUCGGUAUAUCUUUAAUUUUAUCGACUGGAUAUUUGCAGAUGAAGUAUUUAAAAGAUGCGGAAUAUCUAUAUUCUAUGAAAGAUAGUAAAGCCGUAAGAGAUAGAGAUGCUAUGGAGAAAUUGUUUCCAUUUGAUGAAGUUGCUAAUUUUGAUCCUUCGAGAACUACAAGGAUAAGAGAUGCAAUUUUCCUUAUUAUUAUACCUAAGGAUAAAGGAAAUAUAUUAAGAACAGAUAUUUUUCGAGAAAUAGUUGAGAUUGAUAACUUUGCACAAAAUUUCACGAUUUAUAUGAACAAUAAACAUUGGAAUUACAGUCAGAUUUGUGCUAGAAGGAAUGGAAAUUGUAUCUACAACGUUGGAUUAUCAUUAUUAACGAAGAUCGAUGAUUAUAAUAAAGGAACAUUUAAAUUUAAGUAUCCAGUAGAUAUAAACUUAGAUAAUUUUAAAAUAACUCCCUACGCAGCGAAUUUAGGAGGAGUGACAUUGGAUAAUGAUGAUUACGUACAAGAAGCAAAAGCCUUUCGUUUGAACUAUUUUUACCAUACCAAAACUGAAUUAAUGGAUCAUAUUGUAACUAAAUGGGAAAGUCUUUUCAGUGAUUAUAUUCAUAAUACAGAAUUUGAUAACAUCACAGUGUACAAAAUUAGUUUUAGAUCGGUAGAAAACGAAUUUGGAAGAAACACUUCUGAAAGCAUUUCUCUAAUUGGAAUUUCAGUAGUGUUAAUGUUACUUUUUUCAAUAGUCACUUGCAUGUCAACUGAAUGGAUUAGAAGUAAACCAUGGUUGGGAUUAUCGGGAUUUAUUUCUUCUCUUCUAGCUGUUUCGGCAACUUUUGGGAUGCUCAUGUAUUGCGGAGUGGAAUACGUCGACGUGAUAAUAGCUUUGCCCUUCUUGAUGAUAGGAAUAGGGAUGGAUGAUUCAUUUGUUCUAAUUUCUGCUUGGAGACGUACAAGUCCCGAAAAAAGUCUAAAAAGGAGAAUGGGAGAAGCCUAUUCAGAAGCAGCAGUGUCAAUUACGAUAACUUCACUCACUAAUUUAUUUUCUUUUUGUUUUGGAAUGGUCACACCCUUUCCUGUUGUACAAUUUUUUUGUAUAUAUGCUGCGACUGCAGUGUUUUUUACUUACGUAUAUCAAAUCACAUUUUUUGGAGGAUGCAUGGCUUUAAGUGGACUCAGAGAAGAACAAAAACUCCAUCCUUUUACUUUUAGACCAGUGAAAUUUAAAGAAAACAAAACGUCUACUUGCGAAGAAGAACCUAUAGUAAUACAAGAAGACAUAUUUAUGAAGUUUUUUAAAGAAACCAUAGGAGGUUUAUUAACUAAGACAUGUAGCAAAGUUAUAAUUAUUGCAUUAUUCUUGAUAAACAUUGCAGUAGCUAUUUGGGGAUGCAGUCAUAUGAAGGAAGGAAUGGAACUCAGUGACCUUCUUCAUCCAAAAACUAGUAGUUAUAAAUAUAUUAAAUUAAAUUUUGAAUACUUUGGUGAGUAUACGGGUCGCAUACAUGUUGCCAUUAACGAAACGUUAAAUUAUGCUGAUCCAAAAGUGCAACAAGACAUUGACAACUUAAUUAAAAAUUUUGAAGCUACUCCUUAUAUAAAAGGUGGUUUCUUCACAGAAUAUUGGUUAAAGUAUUUUAUGUUAAUGUCGAAACAUCCAAUGCUUUCAUAUUCUUUCAGAGCGUAUAAUCUUACUGAUAAACAAGAUUUUAUUGAUUGUGUGCAUAAUGUUUUCUUAAAAUUUCCUCAAACUCGAAAAUUAAGAAGUGAUAUAGUGUUUAAUGAGAACUAUACAGAAAUAAUUAGUAGUAGAUUUCAUUUUACUAUCCAUAAAUGUGAUAACAGAGACAAAGAGAGGGAAUUAUAUAAACACGUGAAAGAGGUUAUGAGAGAUUCUAAAAUAUCUAUAAUUGCCCAUUGUUUAUAUUUUAUAUUUAAUGAACAGAUGUUUGUUGUAAAGUCAAUAUCUAUUCAGACAGUUUGUGUGGCUGCAGUGGUUAUGAUGGUUAUCUUUUUCAUUUUUAUACCAAAUUUUACUUGCGCUGUAUGUGUUGCGGUAACAAUCGUUGCUGUAGAAGUUGAAGCUAUCGGUUAUAUGUCAUUGUGGGGAGUUAAUCUGGAUGUGUUAUCUAUGAUAAGUUUAGUGAUGUGUGUAGGUUUUUCUGUUAAUUAUCCAGCCCACAUCGCAUACGCAUUUAUCAUUUCUAACAAAACAUCAUCAAAAGAAAAUCUCAAAGCAUCGUUAUUUGCAGUGGGUAUGCCUAUAUUUCAAGGUUCCUUCUCCACUAUAUUAGGUAUAGUUGUUUUAGCUUUUGUGCCAUCUUAUAUGCUUCAAGUAUUUUUGAAGACUAUUUUCUUAAUUGUAACAUUCACAGCCAUACACGCUAUGUUUAUAUUACCCGUUAUUCUCAGUAUCUGGGAUAGUUUAUGGAAGAAAAUUAUUCCUAAACAGCAACCUCUCCUGCAACGGAAUUUUUCAAAUAACAUCAAUUCUUGUAAGGAUUUAAAGGAGAAAACUUCAGAAAAGAGUAAUUCAGUUCCUAAUAAUUCAACAGAUAACAAAACGGAAGAAAUUUGGGUUAAAAGAAUAGAUUUUUGAUCUAUAAUAUUCGUAAUAUAUAUAAAAUUAUAUUUUAAGAUGUAUUUAAGUUGUUUCGUUCUGAAUACAUGUAGAAUUUUUAAAGUAUAUUUAUAUUUG